UCCCUUCUACGACGCUUCAGUCUGCCCUCACAUUCUGCGCUUGCGUAUUAUCAACCUAGCGGCUGCAGGGUAGGGAGAAUCGGUGGGAGUUAGCUAGGUGUGUAAUGGCGGCUUCGGUGUUGCUGUCUGCGGAGAACACCGGACCGACUUUUGCGGUCGGCAAUUCUGGAGUGGUCGGGUCUCCCGGUAAUGGAGUAGGGGCACCGGGUCCUGCGUCUUGGAAUCGGUCUCUGGACAGGGCAUUAGACGAAGCCUCGGCAACUGGUUGUCUCAACCUCAGCGGCAGGAAACUGAAGGAGUUCCCGAGGAGCGUCGCCAACCACGACCUCACAGACACAACUCGGGCCGAUCUGUCCCGUAACCGUCUGCCAGAACUGCCCGUGGAGGUGUGUAUGUUUGUUUCUCUGGAACACCUUAACCUCUACCAGAACUGCCUGCGCUCACUGCCUGAGAGUCUUCUCAAUCUCCAGGCCCUCACCUACCUGAACAUAAGUCGAAACCAGUUGUCGACCCUGCCCAGCCCGGUGUGCAGUCUGCCGUUGAAGGUCCUGAUUGCCUGUAACAACAAGCUUGUCUCCCUUCCCGAAGAGCUGGGCCAACUACUACAGCUCACAGAACUGGACGUGAGUUGUAAUGAGAUCCAGACACUCCCUCCUCAGGUUGGUCGACUGGACUCGCUGCGAGACCUUAACAUCCGUCGCAACCACCUGGCCUGCUUGCCCCCAGAGCUGUCUGAGUUGCCCCUGGUGCGUCUGGACUUCUCUUGUAACAAGGUGACAUCCAUCCCUGUGUGUUACCGCAACCUGCGCCACCUACAGAGCAUCGUGCUGGACAACAACCCACUACAGAACCCACCUGCACAGAUUUGUAUAAAGGGGAUGAUCCAUAUAUUUAAGUAUCUGAACAAUGAGGCCAGCAAGACUCCACCUGAGCUCCCAGACUACGACAGGAGACCCCUCCCCUUCGGAUCCUGUGUGGAGGAGCUAUACCCUGGCCGGCCAUACGGCGCACUGGACUCUGGCUUCAACAGCGUGGACAGUGGAGACAAGAGAUGGUCAGGCAACGAGCCCACAGAUGAGUUGCCGGACCUGCCACUGCGUGUGGCAGAGAUCACCAAAGAACAGAGACAGCGGAGGGAGAGGGAGGAGCACAGGACAACUGGCUCCCUUCCUGUUACCAACGGCACAUGUGAGAAUCAAGUAGAGGGAGAGCUGGAGCAGAUAGACUUUAUAGACAGUUGUGCAGGAGAGGAGGAAGAGGAGGGUAGGAGAGGAGAAGUAGCAGAAACCAUCAGCCUCAGCUCCCAGUUCAUGGCAUACAUCGAGCGCCGCAUCACUGGAGAGAGCUCUCCAGUCAAGUCCAACUCCUCCAGAGACUCAAGGACAGACGACCCGAGGCGACACAAUUCUCUGCAGAACAGGACUGUCCAUGAUCCAACCUCUUCUACCUCUCAUAAUCAGAGAGGGUCAGGGGCUGGGGUUGGUGCAGGUCCGAGUGUGGAGCGCGUGCGGAGGAUGGCCCAGUUGGCUGCCCUGCGGUACGAGGAGGAGAGGCAGAAGCCACGCUCAGUGCAGCGGGACGCCGUCAUGACCUACGUCAAGCACAAAGUGUCUCAAAGUCCUACCAAGCUGAGUCCCACAGAGAACGAGAACGCGUACCCCUCCAGGCGUUCCACCCACACGGACGACUCGGCCCUCUUCAUGAGCGAGUACCAGCCUCGCAUGGUGUUUGAGAUAGACACUGACACCAACACCAUAAAGAGGAAGCCUGGCACUCACAAGCAGUCUCUUACUGUGUCUGGGAUGUCCAUAGAUGGGUGUCUCUCCUAUCCUGCCGAUAUUGCCCCAACUUGUCUACUGCAGCAGGGCGAGGAUCGCUGCUCCUCCCUGUCUCCCACAGCCCUCCAAUCACCUUCUUACCCCGGCCCUGUUACUCCACCCUCCUGCUGUGGACCCGCCCAGCGGCCGGACAGCUUCUUGUUUCGCCUCAGCCAGAAGGAAGAGCAGAGGAGAGGUGAUGGUGCCGCCCCCAGGCCAGAUCCUGAAGAUGUGACCCCUACCCAGGCUCAAGGCCCCAUGGGAGAGGAGGCUGCUCUGGUGGAGCAACUGCGGAAGAACAUAGAGUCGCGUCUGAAAGUGUCCUUGCCAAGCGACCUGGGAGCAGCACUGACCGACGGGGUCGUCCUCUGCCAUCUGGCAAAUCACGUGCGGCCACGAUCCGUACCCAGCAUCCAUGUGCCCUCCCCUGCUGUGCCCAAACUGACGAUGGCCAAAUGUCGGCGGAACGUGGAGAACUUUCUGGAGGCGUGUCGCAGGAUCGGGGUUCCACAGGAGAGGCUGUGCACAGUGGAGGAGGUUCUGGAUGGCCGGGGAGGCUGUGUUUACGGGACGCUGGGGGUCCUGCUCUCCAUGGCUCCUCCCCCCCUCCUAAUGCCUUCUCCUCCGGCCCAGCUGGCAGGCUUCGCCCUCUUCUAUCUGUCCAUCAUGUCUGUACUGUGUGCCCUGUACUGCCACCUGGUGCCCCACCUCUGAACUGUGUCUGGACAACACAAUCCCUUCCUCACAUUCCUCGUCCCACAACAAACGGACUCUCUACCACUUGUGCACACACACUAUCUCAAACACACACCACUCGCACUCCUCUGUGCUUCUCAUUUCAUAUUGCGAUGUUUUCCAUCACUGCAGCAUUAUCUAUUCAGACACAGCAGUCAGCAGAACUCAACAAGGGAAAAACACAAGAAUGAGUGGACCACUCCCUCUCUGUCCCACUCUGCCUUAACAAAGAGGAGCGCUCGCCACUGCCUGGUUUCCCAUCCACUGAAACGGGCACAACUCCAUAUGCCAAAUACCAUAUAGUAGGUUUUAUCUUUUGUUGUUCCAGUUGUUUGUUGGGGAAGGUUACUUGCGUCUCCUCAAGGAGUGGCAAGGUGGACCUUCAAUGCUCCCUCGUUACCCUUCUGUCAUGUACUGGCACUUCCCCCAUUUGAGAGAGACAGCGAGACCCUGGAGGUGGCUGUGUUGUCACUGAACUGUCCGCUACUGUACCUACCUACUGAACCUCCGUCUGUGCCUUAAGUUUGUCCGCCUGCCAACGUGUGUGUUUUAGAUGGAACAUUCCCACCCGAAGCCAUUUCCAUUGCACUAAUAACAUCAAUCAAGUCAGAGUGCUUGUCCAAUGUAGCCUACAUGCUGCUUCCUCCCUCCUCCUGUCCCUGAGAAGAACCAACCACGAGUAAUCUGACUAAUCAAUGCCGAGCGCUUCUCUUCUCUCCUGACUCUAGCACAGCUUAGCCUAAGCUACAAAGUCAGUCUGAAGUUUUAGCCUAAUCAAGAGAGCAGGUCGGUGAGGGUCAUGUUAGCCUUUGAGUCUUUGCUGACGCACAAUCAAGUUUCCGACAGGACCCCUUUUUAUUUCCUUGACUGUCUGUGAUCCAGCCCCCCUCUGUCAUAAUGCUCAUUUUGUGGCUCCGGGGAGAUGUUUCCGCUAGAUACAGAUCUAGGAUCAGCUACACCUCCCCAAUCCUAACCUUUAAAGAGGAACUGAAACGCUCAAAUCACCCUACAUUUUACAAGGUAUGUAACCUUGUUGAAGGUGAUGUUCUGAAAAUACUUUUCAAACAUAAUAUGAUAGAUUCGUAGAGUGCCUAGCACAAGCUUCUUUAAAAAAAAAAAUCUUUAUUUAACUUGGCAAGUCGGAGAGA